UCGCACUUUAGGCAGUGUUCACCUGUGCCGUCAUGCUGCAGCCGCGUGAGAGGCAGUUUGAUUAUUAAUCUUGUAUAACUGGACCUUGGAUCGUUAGCCAUUAGAGGGAAAACACAGGAAAACUUGGGGCAGCGAGCAGAAAAUGGAAUCUGGCAAGCAGAUAUCUGGGACGCUUAUUCUUGCAGUGCUCACAGCUGUCCUUGGAUCUUUUCAAUAUGGAUACAGUACUGGAGUUAUCAACGCUCCACAGAAGAUUAUUGAAGCACAUUACAGACUGGUAUUGCACGGAUUUCAGAAUGAAUCACUCAUCUCCAAUGAAAACACUGUAUCUGUGCAUCAGUCUGUUACCAUGUACUGGUCCCUUUCAGUGGCCGUCUUCUCCAUUGGAGGCAUGCUCUCGUCAUUUCUAGUUGGAUGGGUUGCUGAAACACUGGGCAGGGUAAAAGGAAUGCUAGCUAUAAAUAUUCUAGCCAUUUUGGGGAGUCUGUUAAUGGGAUUGGCUAAAUUUGGCCCUGCACACAUAAUGAUCAUUGCAGGACGAACAGUACUUGGGCUUUACUGUGGACUGUCAUCUGGGCUCGUACCAAUGUAUGUUGGAGAGAUUUCUCCUACAGCUUACCGGGGUGCAUUUGGGACACUCCAUCAGCUUGCAAUUGUCACUGGGAUUCUAAUCAGUCAGGUUAUUGGAUUGGAUUUUCUGCUUGGAAAUGACUUACUGUGGCCUAUACUGCUUGGAUUGUCGGGUGCUCCAGCUAUACUUCAGACUGUGCUGCUUCUGCUAUGUCCAGAGAGCCCCCGCUAUCUCUACAUCAAACUUGGGAAGGAGCAAGAAGCACAAAAAAAUUUAAGAAAACUCAGGGGUGGACACGACAUAACACAAGACUUAGCAGAAAUGAAGAAUGAAAAGGAGGAAGCCAAGAAACAGAAAAAAGUUUCAGUUGGACAGUUGAUCAUUCGGCCUACAUAUCGGCAGCCCUUGAUUGUUGCUUUGAUGCUGCAUCUUUCCCAACAGCUAUCAGGAAUUAAUGCAAUAUUUUACUAUUCCACUGGAAUUUUUGCCAGUGCUGGAGUAAGCCAACCAGUCUACGCUACCAUAGGAGUCGGUGCAAUUAACUGGAUUUUCACUCUCAUCUCUGUACUACUUGUUGACCGAGCAGGGAGACGAAGACUAAUUUUGAUUGGCUUGGUGGGAAUGUGCCUUUGCGCUGUUGUCAUGACAGUCGGACUGACUCUAUCGACAACAUUGCCUUGGAUGGGCUACUUGAGCAUAGCAGCAAUCUUUCUCUUCGUCAGCUUGUUUGAAAUUGGUCCUGGGCCUAUUCCCUGGUUCAUUGUGGCUGAACUGUUUAACCAGGGCCCAAGACCAGCAGCCAUAGCCUUAGCAGGCUUUUGCAACUGGGCAUCCAACUUUCUCGUAGGGAUGUGCUUUCCACAUAUCGAGGCCCUUUGUGGAAGCUACAUCUUUGUUAUCUUUGCUGUGUUGCUCUUCUUCUUCGCAUUGUUCACUUAUUGCAAAGUGCCAGAAACAAAGGGCAAGAGCUUUGAAGAAAUUGCUGCAGAAUUCCGGAAAAAGAAACUAACUGAGGUUUCAGGAGCACAAGCAGUCACAGAGAUGGAACACCUGGGAGGUUCAUCAGAUGCCUAAGACUGUCUAGGAUUAAUUUCUUUGUCAUCCUCAGAAUGGGAUGGCACUAGAGUUUAAAGUUUACUAUGUAAGGCUCAAUUUAGUGUUUUGCAUACUGCAACAAUUUUUUGAAAAGCCUCUUUAUGCCUCACUUACCCCUUACUGUUUCACUGCAUUGCUCUUUGCCUUAUGCACAGCCUGAACAAAUUUACACUGUCAAAUCCUGCCUUAUACCUACUCAAAAAUACUGCUUCAAUUCACUUGAACAGUUAUAUAAUAUAGUGCCUUUCAUGGCUUGCACAUUCAUAUAUUCAUUUGCAUCUUUCACAAAUGAAUUCCAAGCAGAUUCAGUGAUAAGUGCACGGGCAUAUGCUACUAAUAACUAGAUAAUCUAGGUGAAUUCUGUGCAUUACAUAUUUAUUUUUAGAUAUCAUACAUAUUACAAUCCCAUAUGUAUUUACUAAAAUCUACAUUACAUGAAUUUCAGAAUUGCAUAUUUGAUUUUCCAUACUACAUUGCAAACUCUAUCACAAAGCACUUGGAUACCCAGUGGUUAUACUGGCUGGAUGUAUAUUAAUAAUGAUUGCUUAAGAAUAUUAUGCCUUGGGGUCAUCUCUUACAAUGUUGCAUAGCAUUUCUAACAUGAAUCACUGUCCACUUGUCCUAAUCUUAAUUAUUUUAGACCAAUCUUACACUGAAAAGUGUGAUUAUGAAAUCAAAAGGAGGAUCAGUAUGGCUAAAAAUGCCUUCAUUAAACUGAAGAAGGCCUGUUGCAAUAUUAUGAUCAGCAUGAAGACUAAGAUCAGGAUUCUAGAGUUCUAUGUCUUUCUUGUUCUCAUGUACUGUAUGGAUCAGAGUGUUGGACAAUUUUACUAACAAUGGAAAAGACAAUUGUGUCAGCAAAGUUGUGUUUCCUAAGGGGAAUUAUGUAAGGCAACUGGACAAGCCACACUACCAAUGAGGGAGCUCAAUUAAGAACUGGCUACAGAAAAAGGUUGCUGCCAACUAUCAGAAACAGACAGAUGGGAGUUUUUCAGCCAAAUAACCAAAAAAGAAGAUAUGAAAAAUCUGGUAAUUACAAGAAAAGAUAAAGGAAAAAGAGAUCAUGGAAUACAAAGACUAACUUGUCUUUAUGAUUGGAUAAGAAUGGACAGUUUGAAGAUUAUUUUUGCCUCAUGGGAUAAAGUGCUAAGAUGGUGAUAGUCACCAGCGUUAUGUUUGGAAGAAGAAGAUCUAUUACUCUGGUUGCAAAGUAACAGAGCUUAUUUGUUCUGGUCUCAACCAAGCCAGGUUACUAAAGCUUGAUAUGACACCAUGGUAUAGUCAUGCACACAACUACAUUAGCAGAAUGUAGAGUGGUCACCCUGCCGUACUACAAUGUCUUUGAGGUGAGGCCUGCAUUGACAGGUAGAAGGAGAACAUUUCACAUACACAGUUACUGGACUGAAUAUCAAAUGCUGCAUCCUGGAGGGAGCUCAGAGACUGUAGAACCACCUCUGCAACUCCAUGCCAUUCAUACUACAUGUCAUUACAUCUAAUUAUAAAUCUUAAUAAAUAUUUAAUGAAAAGUAGUGUUAAUUCACAAAACAGCUGAAGGUCUUGACCGUAAGUUUCAUAUAUUUGCAGGACAGCAAGCCCAAAGAAACCCACAGGCUGUGCAUAAGAUACUGGCAUUAAGGGGAAUUCCUACAUUAAUCUACUUAAAAUGUCUGUUACAAAACUAUAUGAAUGAAAAGGCAACAUUGGGUGAAGUGAAAUGUUUCAAAAUAUAUGAAGAAAACUCACAAAUAAUGACCUCCAUAAACAAAGAUGGCCUUUUUCAGAAAGCAGUUGUAAAAGAAAGUCAGCUCAAAUUGUCAGUUAUUUACUUUAACACAGAUUUGUUUUAUAAAGAUACUUCUAAAAAGACA